ACUGUCCGUCCCCUACCUCUUUUCUUCGAGAUUAUUUGAACCCCAGCAUCCCCACCAUUGCGUUCCUUGAGCUCCCUUUUCUUCUUCCCCUCUCUGUCGCUCCCUCUCCUUCUCCCUGUGAAGCCGAGACUAAUGGCAAUGGAGGGGAAAGCGGAAUCCCUAACCCUGACGGAGCGGAUCCGGGUGAACGGGGUGCCUACGGAGUCUAGCCUGGCCUCGAACGGCACGCUCCGGUGGAAGGGCAGCGAUGGUGGUGAGCGAUGCUUGACCGUGGAAUCGGAGGUACUAGGAUUCGAGGCUGAGGGGCUGAGAAUUACGGUCAGGGCCUUCGUGGGAGCCUUCAAAGGGGUUUCUUGCGGCGGCGGGAGCUUCGGGAAGAGAACGAGGAGAGAUUACGUCCUGGAGCUUCCGACAGAGGAGGCCGCGAUUCGAUGGAGCGAGCGGCUGAGGGAUUGCAUCAAUUCCCUUGGUCGGCCAAAGAUGUUAUUUAUUAUUGUAAAUCCCUUUGGUGGUAAGAAAUGUGGACGUACGAUCUUCCACAAUGAAGUCAAGCCCCUUCUUGCAGCCGCAGAUAUUCCUUAUACAAUGCAAGAGACAAAGCAUCAGCUUCAUGCACAAGAAAUUGCUUAUUCAUUGGAUCUUCUAAAAUAUGAUGGGAUUGUAUGUGUUAGUGGUGAUGGUGUUCUUGUGGAGGUACUCAAUGGCUUGCUGCAAAGAGAAGACUGGGAUGCUGCAAUUAAAGUGCCUCUUGGGAUUAUUCCAGCAGGCUCAGGGAAUGGCAUGGCAAAAUCACUUCUGGAUUCAGUUGGUGAUUUGUACUCUGUGUGCAAUGCUACCUUUGCAGUUAUCAGAGGUUACAAACGGUCACUUGAUAUUACUACUGUUUUGCAAGGAGAGAUGAAGUUCUUUAGUAUCUUGAUGCUUACUUGGGGUUUGGUGGCUGAUAUUGACAUCGAGUCUGAGAAGUAUAGGUGGAUGGGAAGUGCUCGUUUUGAUUUUUAUUCUCUUCUGCGGGUAAUGAACUUGCGAAGAUACCAUGGACAUGUUCAAUUUGUGCCUGCACCAGGAUAUGAAUCAUAUGGUGAACCGGUAAAGCAAGACAGCAGCUGCAUGGGCAAAACCAUACUGACUGAACAAGGCCAAAUAAAUAAUGCUAAAGUUCAAUCAUGUGGUUACCUAGGCCCUGUGGCUUCCUUGGAUGGUCUGGAAUGGAGAUCAAUUGAUGGCCCUUUUGUUUCAGUUUGGAUUAACAAUGUGCCUUGGGCUGGCGAAGAUGCUAUGCUAGCACCUGAAGCUAAGUUCUCAGAUGGCUGCUUGGAUGCAGUCAUAAUAAGGGAGUGCCCAAAAUCAGCCCUUCUAGCAUUGAUGUUAAAAAUGAGUGAUGGAAGUUAUGUCAAAUCACCAUACGUCACAUAUCUCAAGAUUAGGGUAAUGUUAAAGAGGAACAAUUGUUGGCGGGACCUACAUUUAAUGGAAAAUGGGAUUAUAUUUGUAGCGAGCUGCUGAGGGAAAUUUCUGUCAGUAAUGGGGAAGCAAAUUGGAUGGCAUGGUAGGCAUGUAGACAUUUUUUGGUUUUCCGGGCCUUGCUGGUAGAAAGUGAUGGUGACUUUAUAUCAAUUCUAGUGCUCCAGUGUCUGCAUCAUGUGAUGCAGUGCACGUAUCUGAUUCAGAAAGGUAAAAUAGGACAGUGUGCUUGUAAUUGGGAUCUACUGUUUAGUUGUGAUAUUGGAGCUUUUGGAAAACUAUAGACCAGAUGCAUGGUGGGCCAAAUGCCUGUACUACGAAAGAAAGAAAAGGCGCAGUAAUUGCAGCGGAUUAAGUGCCUUUCGGUUAUCUGUAGUGGAAACUGUUGUGUAGAUUUUUUGAGAAAUGGUUGUGGAUAUGCUAUUUCCUAUGCAA